AUGAAUGAGACGAGUUUUAUCGAGCAGGAGGACGAUUAUUGUUGGCCAAAAGAAGAGCAUGGAAUUUUCAAAUACGCCUGCGUAAUGUUUAUCGCCACACCAAUUGCCCUCCUUGGAUUUUUCUUGAAUAUUCUGUUAACUGCGGUUUUUUGGAAAUUCCGGAAAACAUCAAAAUUGUAUUUGUUUGUAUUAGCGAUUUUCGACAUUUGCUCAUGCACUGUUUAUCUUUUCAGUAAUACAGUUAGAGCUUUUUCUGCUUAUCAUCAGAUUUAUUCCCUUCAUCGUUUCUGGCAUUACGCUUAUGCCUCAUUUUUUCAUGGAUUCACUCAAAUUGUAAACGGGAUCUUGUCGGCAAUACUUUUUUGGGUGGUACUUGAUUGUUGGGUGAGAGCCAAGCACAGUGCACGCCUCCGGUUCAUCAUCAGCCCAAUAUUUCGUCAUACCAUUAUUCUACUGGUGAUUCUCUUCACGAUAUUCUCUAGACUUCCUUAUUUUGUGCACGUCGAUGUCGUUCAUCAUCCAAAAUGCCCUCAGUUUCAGGAUUUAGCUCUCGGACCGAAUCCUAUUUACGAGAAACACUAUCAACGAAUAAUUGAUUGGAAUGAAAUCGUUAAUGAGAUUCUGACAACAAUCAGCGCAUAUUUUGGCACUCUCAUCUUUGGGAUUGUUUUGUGGACUGUUGCAAGGAGAAAGUUCCCGAGGAGUUCGAAAGAUUAUGUGUUAAAGCAAUUCGAUGAGCCAGAGCCGACAGAGAUCACCUUUAAUAAUAACGAAGAAAACGAUCAAGAAACGUAUACAUGGACGCUGAUUUUUGUGGUCGUAAUGCACGUUGUGCUUCUUUUCUUUUUUGUUAUAAUAUGGUUCUACCAACUCAUCUUCCAAGCAGAUUACCAUGAAACGCUUGAAAUUAUUGAGCAAUUGGACCUGCAUUUCUCAACACACGGUACUUUCACCUAUUUGAUUACCGAGGUUCCACUGUUGGGAAGGCUGUUUGACUCAUCGCUUCGCUUUUUCGUUUACCUCAAGUUUUCCCCAACGAUUCGACGAAGGAUUAAAAUUUUGUUGUGUCGUCACCGUGAACCCGAGUCUUCUCCACCAAGAUACGAAUUCGAAUCGGGUCGCCGCCUUUUGAAA